GAGGCGCAUGCGCGGUGGCGUUCCCCCGCGCCGUGCUGCCGCCCUGUGGGGAGCAGCGGCGGCGGCGCCCGGCCCUGAGGGACGCGGGGCCCGGCCCUGCCCCGGCCCCGGGGGGACAGUGACGGAGCCCAGCGCUCGUGGAGCCCGCAGCCGCGCUGAGGGAGUUGUCGUGAGGAGGUUCCCGCUUGGAGCUGCGCUCCAGAAAGAAGGAACCUGAAAUUGCUGCUCGUGAUAAAACUGGUUCACUGAAUUGGGAUCCAGAGCAUCCUGAGGCUCCUGGUGCUUGUGGUGCUUGGCAGGUAGAAAACGCCGCCGUCUGACCUGGAUUUCAAUCUGCCUUUCCCGAGGGUCGCUGGGAAGCGUGGGACAAGAACUGAGCCAUAACUUCCUGCAGGCACCCCUAGCAGGGACAGGAGCAGCAAACUGUGCUGGAAAAACACCAACGAGCACCUGGGAGAUGAUGAGCUACACUUCUGAAAGGAAUCUGGAAAGGAAACCACGUUAUUUUAAAGGAGAACCCCAGGUGGAACACGUGGGAUGGAUUACUUGAGGAGAGAUGUCUUGACAGCAAGAAAUGUGUUGGUGCUGGUUUUUUUUACGUAAGCAGAGCAUCUGGAAGCACUCCAGGAAGGUGAUGGAUAGUGAGGAGCUGAGGGCACAGUAGGGAUGGCUCCUGCCUCGUCUGCUGCUCCCGCACUCUCAGCUGGUUGGCUCCAGUUAAAAUUGCCACUUUCUGCAGAGCUGCGUUGAUAUUCUCCAGUUCUGAGGGAGGAUUGUCCUGUGUUCUUGGCUUUUCAGGAGCUUUUGUGGGAGUAUCGUGGUCUUGGUGUGGUGUUCAGCCAGAGCAGUGCCUCUGGUCCCUUUUUCAGGGAGAGGCUGAAACUUGGAUUUCUCUCUGAGGUGGCCCUGGUGCUGAAGGCAAAUAUUGAAAGUGCAAAGGCACGGCAGUGCUCUGGGAGGCAGGAGUGGCUUUCCUGCUGGAAAUAGAGGCCGGCAGUGCCACCGCCGCGGGAGAGAGCCGGGAUGUGCGCGGGAGCGGGCGCCAGGUCGCUGGGAAGCGUGGGACAAGACCUGAGUGAUAACUUCUUGCAAGCCCCAGCCGGGAGAGGAGCAGCAAAUUGUGCUGGAAGAGUUUCCAUGAGUGCCUGGAGCCCCGAGGGCCAGGAGAUGUACGUUUUUAACCUGACAUCACUCACGGAGUCUGAAAAUGUCCUGUCAGCUUCGGUGUAUUAUUAUGUUGGUGAUCUGCUGCACGUGGAGUGGAACUGUUCCCAGCCCAGUGGCUGUUCUCAUCACCGGCACAGGCCACCUGAAAUUCAGAUACGUCUUUCGGUUUGGACCUUUCCUUCAGCUGGGAACCCGACUCGCAGCCUGGGACAUUUCCUCAUAAAUGUCUCCUCUGCCUACCAGGAUGUCCUUUCCUGGCAGUGGAAGGAUAUCACUCGGCUCCUGCACGAAGCAAAGCGAAACAACGAGAUGCUGCUCAGUGUUAAAAUGGAUCUGCCUGGCCGCCAUGCCUGGGAAAGGGCAUCUUCCUCCUACGAGCCCUACAUCCUGAUUUACGCCAAUGAUUCCGCUAUCUCGGAGCCAGAGAGCGUCGUCUCCACCUUGCGAGGCCACCGUCACCCUCUGGCCAGGGUCCUUCCCAAGCCAGAGGGCCACAGGAGGAGCAGCACCAACAUCCAGCGGAGGAAGCGCUCCGCAGGCGCCCUGCUGCCUCUGCAGAACAACGAGCUGCCGGGAGCCAAGUACCAGUAUGGCGAGGAGCACAGCUGGGAGGCCACCAAGCCCUACAAGGCCUUCCAGCCACAGCUGGCAGACAGGGCCAGGAGUAAGAAGAAGCAGAGGAAGAGUCACGUGCACAAGAGCCAGACUCUGCAGUUUGAUGAGCAGACACUGAAGAAGGCCAGGAGGAAGCAGUGGAACGAGCCGAGGAGUUGCGCCCGGCGCUACCUCAAGGUGGAUUUUGCAGACAUCGGCUGGAGCGAGUGGAUUAUUUCCCCAAAGUCCUUUGAUGCCUAUUACUGCUCAGGAGAAUGCCAAUUCCCAAUUCCAAAGGCCAUGAAGCCAUCCAACCACGCCACCAUCCAGAGCAUUGUGAGAGCCGUCGGAGUCGUCCCCGGCAUUCCCGAGCCUUGCUGUGUUCCUGACAAAAUGUCUUCUCUCAGUAUCUUGUUCUUUGAUGAGAACAAGAACGUGGUUCUGAAGGUGUACCCCAACAUGACAGUGGAGUCCUGUGCGUGCAGAUAACGCCUUGGGUGGCCUUUGGGCCCUGCCAGGGUGAUGGCUGGCUGCCCGGGGAAGGGGGUGGGCAGGAGUCUCAUCACACCUGCUUCGUGUUUGCACUGCCAAUGCAUUUCCUUUGGACAAGAAAGAGAAAAUGUAAAGAUUUCCAGUCAGUCAGAGUGGGAGCAGGAUGGAUUGCAAGCAGUCAUUCCAAGGAGGGUGAACACAAACUUCCUUUGUCCGUGAUUCUGACCAAGACACGGGACUUGGCAGUGGGACCUGACUGUACCUGUUGGAAGCAAGAGCUGAAAGAAGAACCUGCAGAUUUUUGAGACUGCCCAAAGGGACAUAGUGAUCUAUUUUCGUACAAGAGUUUGGAAGCAGCACAGGCUGGUACUUCUUAUCUCUGUUCUAAUGGUGGGGAGAGGUUAGAAAUGCAGUAGUCUUCAUUUUAAAGCUGAGUUUCUUGCCUUAGGUUUUAGAGUAGUACAGCAAGGCAGCAAAACCAAUCUGACAUCCUCGUGGCCGUGCACCUCCUUGGUAAGAGGUUAUCCACCUUGUGUGUGGGUUCCUUUGCACUGACACGUGCUCUGUGCUUCAGCUCUUGGGAGCUCCAAGCAGCACUGCUGAGGGCAUCACUCUGACUUCUGCCAUGGAUACCACGCUCAGUGAGGUGUCAUGAGUUCUGGAAUGCUCUUCCAAAACCUGUGGGCUGUCUGCCUGCAAGGGUGCUGUGGCCAGGUUGUGCAGUGGCCUCUUCUCCCAGGUGACAAGUGACAGGAGCAGAGAUCACAGCCUCAAGCUGCACCAGGAGCGGGUCAGGCUGGGCUUGAGGAAGAAUUUCUGCAUGGAGAGAUGGUCAGGCAGUGGGAGGUGCUGGAGUCACCCUGCUCGGAGCUGUUCAGGAAAGGAUCAGACGGGGCACUCAGUGCUCUGAUUUAGCUGGCAAAAAGUGGUGAUUUAGUGGUGAUUCACUCUUCCAUACUCUGGGGGCCCUGCACUCUGCAGCAGCAGGGUGUCACUCCUGGGGCAGGGCUGGCCCCAAAGAUUGGCACCCUCAGCUGAGCAGAGGCUUGUGAGUUUGCAGGAUGGGUUGUUCAGUGGCUCCUUUUUCCUUGUAAAACCAGCAUUUUAAGUGAUUUCUGGGGAAAGGUUUAUCUGUGUACAGACUGUCAAUUUUAAAAAGUGAAAAUCACCCCCCAAAAAUAAAAAUUAUUUUGUAUAUGGAAAGAAACUUUUACAGAUGCUUCUAAUUUAUUUUAUAUCCACGGCCCUCCUAGUGUAUCCUCCUUCAUCUCAGCAUUCUUCAAACCAUGCUGUUUUCUCUGUCAGUGCAAGGAUGAACUGCCAGGACUGCAGGGGAGCUCCAAAGGGCAGGUGUACCCGCAGUGUUUCACUGCUGGUCUGUAUUGUUUUCCUCCAGGAAUGUGGACAUUGUGCUCGGAAUUCUGGAAAAGCGGAAAAUAAAAUGACUUUAAAAUGAAAA